AUGUUUUCCGACAAUCAUUUGCUUCUUUUGUCAAGAACGGUUCUCAGAGCGUCGACAAACAACCACGAAGUCCGGCUAAACAUUGGUGCAGUAGAAUUCCUUCGCUACCUAAGGAUCACCCUAGAUCCUGAGAUGAGGGAUGGGUUUCACAAUGAUUCUCUUUUCUCUUACCUUUGGCAUGCAACUCGUAAGUUAAGAUUCGAUGUGACUAAUAUACAACCAGUGAAGAAAGACGAGGAAACCAAGGAGACCAAGCAGGAGCUGCAGAAUCGCACUAAAAAUGGGCUCAGACCAUAA